AUGAACAUGGCAGGGAAAGAAUACAGCAAAGGUGAUUCAAGGUAUGCAGCAAGGGAUUCAUGUGUCGUUACUGUUGAAGGGAUUACUACCGUUGUAGAGGGUCCAGCCUGCCUCCUCGCUGUGUAUGCUAUUGCAACAAAAAAGUCGUAUAGGUACACACUUCAACUGGCCAUUUCUUUGGGGCAGCUCUAUGGAACUGCUUUAUAUUUCAUCACGUCAUACUUGGAAGGAGACAACUUUGCUGCAAGCAUGAUUUCCAAUCCUAGGAAAGGGAGGGAAACACACACUCAAUUUAAAGUUUGUAGAAUCAUUCUUUUGUGGGUUAUGACUGCUUUUUUUGUAAGGAUGACAUGGGAUUUUCGGGUUUUCUCAACUCUUAUAAGCAUUUUAUUUCUGUUGCUUGAGAGGGCAUCCUUUACCUACUCUUCUCAGAGUGAUGUUGAUUGCCUCAGAGCUAUAAAAGAUUCUUUGGAAGACCCUUUUAAUUACCUGAAAUCUUCUUGGAAUUUCAAUGACAAUACUGAAGGCUUCAUUUGUAAGUUUAAUGGGGUUGAAUGCUGGAAGCCAGACAUGAGCAGGGUCUUGAAUCUUAAGCUUGGGAAUAUGGGACUUAAGGGCGAGUUUCCUCUUGGUGUUGCAGGUUGUUCAUCCUUGACAGGCUUAGAUCUUUCUAAUAACACGAUUUAUGGAAAUAUUCCUAGGAAUAUCUCUAAGUUACUUGUAUAUGUGACAAGCCUUGAUCUCUCUUCCAACCAGUUAUCCGGAGAGAUCCCUGUGGAUCUUGCAAAUUGCACUUUUUUGAAUGUCCUUAAACUUGACAACAACCAGUUGUCUGGACAAAUCCCUGCUCAGAUUGGUCUACUCUCUCGAAUGAAGACAUUUAACGUGGCUAACAACCAAUUGACUGGCCAAGUUCCACAAUUUAUAAAUGCUUCUAUUGCGGCAGAGAGCUAUGAGAAUAAUGCAGGACUAUGUGGAAAUCCUUUGCCUCCUUGCCGAGAUUCUUCAAAGAAAACCAAAAUUGCAGUCAUUGUUGGGGCGACUUUUGCAGGCUCCGCUGUUGGAAUUGGCAUUUGGAUAGGAAUGUUCUUCUAUUUGCGUAAGGCGUCCAGAAAGAAGAAGGAAGAAGAUCCUAUGGGCAACAAAUGGGCAAAGAGUAUCAAGGAUGCCAAAGCCAUCAAGCUUUCGAUGUUCGAGAACUCAGUUUCUGAAAUUAAAUUGAGUGAUCUCAUGAAGGUGACUAAUGACUUCAGUAAAGAGAAUAUAAUUGGGUUAGGAAGAACUGGAACAAUGUACAAGGCAGUACUUGAAGAUGGCACAUGCCUCAUCGUGAAGAGAUUGCAGGGUACUCGAUACUCAAACAGCGAAUUUUCGUCUAAGAUGGCUACACUAGCAAAUGUAAAACACAACAACUUGGUUCCACUUCUAGGAUUCUGCACGACUAAGGAGGAGAGACUUUUAGUGUACAAGCACAUGUCCAACGGCAGCCUCCAUGAUAAACUACACUUGAAAGACGGGAACGAACCUAUGGAUUGGCUUUUAAGGCUCAAAAUUGCAAUUGGGACAGCGAAAGGAUUAAUGUGGCUACACCACAUCUGCAAUCCUCAUAUUAUCCACCGAAACAUAAGUUCCAACUGCAUCUUACUGGAUGUUGAUUGUGAACCCAAAAUAUUAUAUUCUGGACUUGCUAGUCUCAUGAAUUCCAUCGGAGCUCAUUUAGGUACUCGUGUAAAUGGUGAAUUUGGGAACGUGGGAUAUGUUGCUCCAGAAUAUUUUAGAACAUUGCUGGCCACUCCAAAAGGGGAUGUUUACAGUUUUGGGGUCGUGCUUCUUGAGUUAGUAACAGGUGAGAGACCGACCAAGGUGGCUAAAGACCCCGAAAGAUUUAAGGGUAAUAUAGUGGAUUGGAUUUUCCAGCUCUCUGGAACCUAUAAACUUCAGGAUGCAAUUGAUCAGUUCUUGGUAGGAAAAGGUUAUGAUGAUGAACUUUCCGAGUUUCUUAAUGUUGCCAGUAGUUGUGUGCUGACGGAUCCUAAAGAGAGGCCUACCAUGUUUGACGUUUACCAGUUUUUGAGAGCUAUUGGACGAAGGUAUAAUUUCCCAACAGAAGAUGACAUCUUCUUGCCAUCCGACCAUGGUGAUGCUGAUCAACUGGUCGAACUUAUCGUCUCUCAAGAUCCAUGGAGAUCUAUGGAAGGAUCGAUGUAG